UCUGGACUUGGGUAGAUGAAAGAAGUUGUGCAACACGUGAAUUCCCGGCGGAAAGGCGAGUCGCGAGUGUCACAAGCUCCGUGCCGACCUUUUAGCAGCCGUGAGCCGGGGCUCCAUUCAGCCUAAAGAGCGGACAGGGUGAGGAGACACAACACCUGGAGAGCGGAGUGUUUUAAAAGUGUCAUUAUGCCAUGGCGUCUCUGGGCGCCUCCUUCGUUCAAAUCAAAUUCGAUGACAUCCACUUCUACGAGAACUGUGGCGGCGGGAGCUUUGGCAGUGUGUACCGUGCCCGCUGGAUCUCGCAGGACAAAGAGGUGGCGGUGAAAAAGCUGCUGAAGAUUGAGAAAGAGGCGGAGAUCUUGAGUGUCCUCAGUCAUCGAAAUGUCAUCCAGUUUUAUGGUGCAAUUCUCGAGGCCCCAAACUAUGGAAUUGUCACAGAGUAUGCCAGCGGAGGAUCAUUAUACGAGUAUCUAUCAAGUGAUGCAAGUGAAGAAAUCAGCAUGAGACAGAUCAUGACCUGGGCCACAGAGAUUGCUAAAGGAAUGCAUUAUUUACAUGCAGAGGCCCCAGUCAAAGUUAUGCACAGAGAUCUCAAGUCACGAAAUGUGGUUUUGACAGCAGACAAAGUUCUCAAGAUCUGUGAUUUUGGAGCAUCAAAGUUUCACUCGCACACCACACACAUGUCUCUGGUGGGCACGUUCCCCUGGAUGGCACCGGAGGUCAUUCAGAGCCUUCCUGUUUCUGAAACAUGUGAUACAUACUCGUACGGAGUGGUCUUGUGGGAGAUGCUGACUCGUGAAAUUCCUUUCAAAGGGCUAGAGGGGCUGCAAGUGGCUUGGCUGGUUGUGGAGAAGAAUGAGAGAUUGACUAUUCCUAGCAGCUGUCCUGCUAGCUUUGCAAACCUGAUGAGGAAAUGCUGGGAAACAGAUCCAGUGAAAAGACCCUUGUUUAAAGAGAUCCUGUCCAUCUUAGAGGCCAUGUGCAAUGACAGUCAACUCUCUGAUCAGUGCAACUCUUUCCUUCAAAACAAAGCAGAAUGGAGGCGUGAGAUCGAGGCGACUCUGGAUCGCUUGAAGAAGCUGGAGAGGGACCUUAGCACUAAAGAGCAGGAGCUGAAGGAGAGAGAGCGCCGCCUCAAGAUGUGGGAGAAGAAACUCAUAGAGCAAUCCAACACUCCUCUGCUCCCGAAUCUGGCCAUCCAUUUCUGGACAGAGGAACAUGUGUACUUCUGGAUGUCACAGAUUUUCGGGACAGAGUGUGAGAUGCAGGGCUACGCUGAUGUCUUUAAACAGAACCACAUCACUGGACGCAGGCUGCUGCUCCUCUCUGAGGCAGAUAUGAGGGACAUGGGCAUCUCCUCUAAAGGGCAUAUCAUACAUCUGAAGGGUGAAAUUGAAAAGUUAACAAACGAUUACUUGGCCCUGUUCCAUUUCCCACCAUUAACAAAGGAUGAAUGGGACAGAGAAGAGGAGAAGGCAAGCUGGAGGAAGACUGUUAAUUUGGAGCUGGUGUUUGGUUAUCACUGGAAACCAGGAACAGGUCCACAGGACUGCAAGUGGAAAAUGUACUUGGAGCUUGAUGGAGAUGAAGUUGCUUUGACCUAUAUCAAAGAUGUCACAUUUAUUGCAAACAGAGCAGAUGUGGAAGUUUCAAAGAUGACCAAGCCACCAUUUGUAAUGGAGAAAUGGAUUGUUGGGAUAUCUGACAAACAGACUGUUGACUGCACUGUAAAUUAUGAGAGUGAUGUCAGGUCUCCAAAGAGCACAAGGCAUGUGCACUCAGUGCGGUGGAGCCUGGUCAGUGGAGCAGAUGAAAUCAGAGGUGUAGAGCUGCUUAUAGAAACAACACCAACGAAUGGGGAGGGGAACUACAGGAGCAAUUCCAACUCUGGUGUUGACCCUCAGUGGAUUUCCAGUUUGAGAUCAAAACAACUCAGAGAGAACCUAGCCCACGAACGACACAGUGCCCCUCAAAGCAACCACUCAGAUAGCAUGACCCUCCCGCAGUUUCUGUCUGCGUUUGGUAAUCAGUCAUCAUAUGCUGCAGCUUUACGAAGAUCACCUAGUCAGAGUCCACUUUCACAAUUGGCUGAUUCCCGAAGCUCCUCUCCUACACUUUCAACCAAACUCUCCUCAAUUCACCUGGGGUCAAAGGGUAGCAGCCCUUCUAGUACGACUUCAGAGAGCACAUCAGAAAGAGACCGCUCUCAUAGGAAUAAGCAUGUGUCAAACUACCAAAGAAAGAGUUCCCAUAGCUCUCUAAAUGUGCCUGGAGCAGGAGAACGAAGAUUUUUUAGAGGGGGCAGCCAUAUGUCUCAUGGCAGCUCUAGAGGUGGCCGACACCGGCCCAACUAUGUAGUACCACAGAACCAAUCACAGAUAAUUCCAGGACUGGCAACAGCAACAGUAGGAGAAAAGCAGAAAGAAGAGUUAGAGGAUGCCAAAGCUAUAGAAGGAGGGUGGACUAAGGUAGAACGCAAGAAGCCUCACAAACAGGACCAUAAGCAGCAAGACCUAAGACAGCUCAGGGGCCGUCAACGAAAGGGAGGAAGAGGGGGGCGUGGCCGGAGCUGAGGGUUUUUAUGCUGUGAUUACACCAAAGGAAAAAAAAAAACAUAUUUUAAUAUAUAUAUCUUAAGAUGACAAUUUGCAGGCAUUGCAGUUAAAAAAAGGAAGAAAAUGGAAAAUGUUAAACAUGGAAAGAAGAAACUUGCACAAGAGCUUAAACCAACUAAAAAUCUUGAUUUAUCACUUCCAGAUCCAGUAACAUUCCACAUUGUGGAUGACAAAGCUAUGAAUCAUAACGACACAACAUUUUACCAGUGGUUUUAAAACUAGGGUCUGUGGGCCAGUAAAGCAAUUUCCAUGCUUGUUGUUAAAUUUUUAAUACAAAUUUAAGCAAAAUAACCCAAAGAUGGAAGCUGUGGACUAUAGAAAUGGGUCUGUACCUGAAAUGUUUUUUUAAGAUAGUGUACUGUAUAUCUGUAGGUAACGGUCAGGUGUAUUGCAGUUAAACAUGGGUGGAAAUAUAAUUGCUGCCUUGGACCUUAAAACUGACCAAGGGACUAUUUAUAUUUUUAUGAAUAUAUUAGAUAAUAUAUUGUCAGCUUGUGACAAGGGUCUUUUUCACACAACACUCAAGAACUGUGAAUGUUGUAGUACUCCAAACUACUAAUAUUGUUUGGGAUUCAAAUGAUAUGUAUGCUGAUGCACACAAUAAAUACUACUAACACUAUAACACCACUACCGAACUAAAUGAAUACAGUUUAAGCCUCAGGUUCCAAUGUUUGUUAGAAUAUUUUAUAUAAUUUUUAUCAAAUACAUUUACAUUGUACCGUCAAAAUAAAUAUGCUUUUUUUUUAAUGACAUGACGUGUCGUGUGUGUCUGUGUGUGUGGUACGUUGGUCGCGCGCUUCACGCCCCUUAUGUAAAUCUGAUGAUAUUUGGCGCCACCGUGGAGGGUCCUGAAAGGAUGCCUUCGUAAGCCUGCGUUUCUCCUUUAUCUUUAACACUCCUUC